AUCCAAACUUUUAAACAUUCACCAAAACAUUACCAAAAAUUUAAAAGAUACACCCGUAACCCAAACACUACCAGCAACAACUUCGAGUGAUAUUGAAAGUGAACUUUUAGUAAAAUGCAGAAGAUCUGAAGAAACUAACCAACAUAACAACAAUAAUUAUAAAUCUGAAACUAACAAAACUAUCUUUACUAAACACGAUCAGGAGGAACCUGAAAAACCAGCUAAAAAAAAUAAGUCUCAAAAAAAUUGUGUACACAAUCAAACAAAAAUUAAAGAACUUCCCAUUAGAUCUACACGUAAUGCAAAAAAUCUACAAUAUUCAACUGUUGAUAUCGAAUCUGAUGAAAAAUAA